UCUCGCGAGGCCGCGCCCCAGCUCGCGCGCGGGUAUCGUGCACGCGGUUAUCGCUGCCUGGCGGCGGGAGAAUCUAGGCUCGCGCCAAGGGACGUGUUUCUGCACUCGCGUGGUCAUGGAGGCGCCGCUGCAGCUGCUUCCCGAGAAGACGCCGUCCCCUGGCUGGAGCCCAAAGCUGCUGUUGCUGUUCCUGCUGCUGGCCGUGGCUCUGCGGGGCUUGGAGGCAGAGGAGAGGCCCCGGACUCGCGAAGAGGAGUGCCACUUCUAUGCGGGUGGACAAGUGUACCCGGGGGAAGCGUCCCGGGUAUCAGUCGCAGACCACUCCCUGCACCUAAGCAAAGCCAAGAUUUCCAAGCCAGCACCUUAUUGGGAAGGAACAGCUGUGAUAAAUGGAGAAUUCAAGGAGCUCAAAUUAACUGAUUAUCGUGGGAAAUAUUUGGUGUUUUUCUUCUACCCACUUGAUUUCACAUUUGUUUGUCCAACUGAAAUUAUCGCUUUCGGCGACAGAAUUGAAGAAUUCAGAUCCAUAAACACUGAAGUGGUGGCAUGCUCUGUUGAUUCACAGUUUACCCAUUUGGCCUGGAUUAAUACUCCUCGAAGACAAGGAGGACUUGGACCAAUAAAGAUCCCACUUCUUUCAGAUCUGACCCAUCAGAUCUCAAAGGACUAUGGCGUUUAUCUUGAAGACUCAGGCCACACUCUUAGAGGUCUCUUCAUUAUUGAUGACAAAGGAGUCCUAAGACAGAUUACUCUGAAUGACCUUCCCGUGGGUAGAUCAGUGGAUGAGACACUGCGUUUGGUUCAAGCAUUCCAAUACACUGAUAAACAUGGAGAAGUCUGCCCUGCUGGAUGGAAACCUGGUAGUGAAACAAUCAAACCUGAAGAUGCCAUGAAAUCCUGGUGGCCAAGAGAAGAGCUAUAAUCCCAGAUCCAGCUGGAAAACUGAAGUAUUUCGAUAAACUGAAUUGAAAAUACUUCCUCAAGUCAUGAUGCUUGAAAGUUCUCAAUAAAGAACACCAUUUCACCACCACA